AUGCUCACGUUCUUUCUUAAGCCGCACACUCCCUUCGAAGAGUGUAUCCGAUCCAUCUCCACUUGCAACACCACAAACAGUGCGGAGCCGCAAGUGGCGGUUCUGUGCGAGGCCGGCGCGUCCUACCACCCGCAAUACAUGUCCGCCGCCGGGCGCUGGACACCCGACCUUACCACCAAACCGCGCAACUGCUUGAAGGACAAGAUGGAGAUACUUGAUUACUGCAAGAAGGUGUACCCAAGCCACGACAUAACCAACAUCGUUGAAGCCUCUCACUACGUCAAAGUGAGCAACUGGUGCAAACUCGGAACCGGAAACGCCGCUAAGUGCAAAGUCACUCGUUGGGUCAAACCGUUCCGCUGUCUUGAAGGUCCAUUCCAAUCGGACGCGUUGCUGGUCCCCGAGAGCUGUCUCUUCGACCACAUCCACAACCAGAGCAGAUGCUGGCAGUUCUCCAGAUGGAAUGCUACAGCUGGAAGAGCCUGUGCACAACGUGGCCUUCGUCUGCGCACUUUCGCUAUGCUGCUUCCGUGUGGCAUUAGCCUGUUCUCAGGCGUCGAGUUUGUCUGUUGCCCAAAACAUUUUAAAGAAAACGUAAAAAUGCAUAAACCCAUGGAAGUUGGUGUGCCCGUGAGCCCUGGCGGUGAAGAAAUGCUCGCCGCAUCUGCUGCGAUGGAUGAACGUGAUGAUGAGCUUCUUGAUGAUGAAGAUGCACUGGCUGAUGACGAUGACGACACCCUCAACUUGAGCGACGAUGACGACGAUGAUGACGCUGAUGACGACAUGGAUGAAGAUGAAGAUGCCGAUCUAUCACGUGAUGACGACGCCGAGGACGAUGACUAUACGGACGGCGAUGACUCGGCCUGGCCACACCCUGAGUCUUCUUCUGCUCCAUCUACCACUACGUCUACAACCACCACUACUACCACGACUACUGCCGCGUCAACUGCAACAUCCGACCCUUACUUCUCCCACUUCGACCCACGCACUGAACACCAGAGCUACAAGGACGCUCAGCAGAGACUCGAAGAAAAUCACCGUGAGAAGAUUACAAAGGUGAUGCGCGAAUGGUCUGAGCUAGAAGAUCGGUACCAGCAGAUGAUGGCUUCUGACCCAGUUGCCGCUCAGACUUUCCGACAACGUAUGACCGCUAAGUUCCAGUCUAACAUUCAGUCUUUGGAAGAAGAAGGCGUGGCUGAUCGUCGUCGUCUGGCUGCAUUGCACCAACAACGCGUGUUGGCCCAUCUUGCCCAACGUCGCCGAACUGCACUUGCUUGCUACACUCGCUCUCUUCGAGACGCACCCCCAAAUGCCCACCGAGUUCAGAAAUGCCUUCAACGUCUUGUACGAGCUUUGGCGGCUGAACGUAGCGGAGCGUUAGCUGCGUGGCGUCGCGCUGCCGCUGCUGGCAGGGAGGCUGCUGCUGCUGAACGAUCCAGUGCUGCGGACAGGUUACAGGAUGCUGACCGCGCCCUUCAACGUGCCUUGUCCGCCCUUCGUCGUCGCCCUCACCUCUACGCCAGCAUCGGGACCGCUAUUGAAGAUUAUGUUCAGUCUAUGCAAUCUAAAGACGAUAUGGCCGUUUCCCUGAUGUCCAUGACUCCUGAGGCUGAGGAACUGUUGCUUGACCGCAUUGAGGCUGAGGUACAAAGGGAGCAGGCAGCACGCGAACAACUCAACGCCAAGAGAGAGGAACGUACACGGCAGAGACAGGACAUUGAGAAUGAGAGGGCCAAGACAUCCAACGGUGUGAAGGAAAGCGAAGAGACUGACGACGAGGCCAGUGAGGUGAACGACAUGGAUGAAACCACUUCAGCUGCGACCACGCCACCAUCUGCUCCUCCUUCCGCGUCGCCUUCUCCCUCAUCCCCGGUGUCAGUGCAUGACCUUACCACUCGUGCGGCUUUCACUCAGGAGACUACUACUACUGAAAUCAUAACCAGCACAAUGACUGAGGCUCCCGAAAGUGAGACUGAAACCGGUGAGAUAGGUGAAACUUCAAGUCGACGCUCUACUGGUGAGACUGAGGGCGAAGGCCUUCGUGCGGCUCUAGAGCAGGCGGAAGAACGUGCACCGCCACCACCUGCGCACGCGCUGAAACACGAACUGCAACACACCCAACCCGGUUACACGGUACGUGGUGCACCCAGUAGCGGUGGGUCUGGAGCUUUGUACCCCGCCCUAUGCGUGGGCGGCGCCGCCCUGGCUGCAGCCGCCGCUGUCGCCCUCGCAGUCGCUCGCCGCCGCGAUCGCGCUCCAUCCGCACAGGGAUUUGUUCAGGUUGAACAAACCGGCGCAGUGGCUCCCACACCUGAAGAGCGACACGUCGCCAACAUGCAAAUAAACGGAUACGAAAAUCCUACUUAUAAAUACUUCGAAGUUAAGGAGUAG